AUGGGUCACGAAGUGGUUGCGAUCGCUCCUUCGCCGCCGCCGACGUCGUUGGCACCUGGGUUUCGGUUUCAUCCGACCGAUGAGGAGCUGGUUAGGUACUAUUUGAGGAGGAAGGCUUGUGGCAAGCCGUUUCGGUUCCAAGCUGUUUCGGAGAUCGAUGUGUACAAAUCUGAGCCCUGGGAGCUUCAAGGGCUAUCUAAUCCAAUCAACUCCAUGAGCUGGGAUGGAAAGUGCUGGGCUUGA